UGAAUGAUCCAGUGUCUUCUGGGACACAUGAAAGAUCCCAGAAGGCGCCGGGCCAUUCACAAAGCGCAGCGCUUCUCGCACAUGCGCAGUGGGUACCCGGCUGUCACAGAAGCCGGCCCGGGAAGAAGAGGGAAGGCAACUCCGCGGAAGUGGGAACGGGUACCUGUCAAAUUCAGGUACCCGCUCCCCCUCCCUCCCCAAAGGUCAGCAGUCUCUGUACUGUCCGCAGUCUCUGGUCAUUCCCUGCACUGUCCGCAGUCUCUGGUC